CUUCACUCUCUUCCCCCACCCCCCAGCUAGCUAUUCUCUCUUUCACCCUUCUCACUUAUUUUCCCUCUUUCCUACUGAUUGUCUUUGCGCAAAAACACACUUAGAGAGAGGGACAUACAGAUCUCUCCGCCCUCAUCCUCUCCAUCUCAAUUCAAUCACCACCCCAUGUCAUCAGGUGAGAAUAGUAGAGUAAACCCCGUCGAGGGAUCAUCCCGAUCACCAAUCGUUGAUCAUCAAGUGCCGGCGCAUCCACAAGCAGUCGUGGCCCCGUUGAGCCGAUACGAAUCCCAGAAGAGACGAGACUGGAACACGUUUGGCCAGUACUUGAGGAACCGGAAGCCCCCAAUCCCCCUCUCGCAGUGCAACUGCAACCAUGUCCUGGAUUUUCUCCGGUACCUCGACCAGUUUGGGAAGACCAAGGUCCACCUUCACGGGUGCGUGUUCUUUGGGCAACCCGACCCGCCUGCCCCGUGCACCUGCCCUCUCCGGCAGGCUUGGGGCAGCCUGGAUGCUCUGAUUGGUCGGCUAAGGGCCGCAUACGAGGAGAAUGGUGGAACCCCGGAGACGAACCCCUUUGGCAACGGGGCAAUUCGUGUGUACCUCCGUGAAGUGAGGGAGUGUCAGGCUAAGGCGAGGGGAAUCCCCUACAAGAAGAAGAAGAAAAAGAAGAGCCAGCUCAAGACGAUCAGCGGCUCAACUCGACAAGACUCGAGGCAAUCAGCCUCAUGAGUGUGUCUUUGAACUGCUGCGACAUAUACCUAAGGUAAGUGACCUGGAUAAGUGGGCUGGAGAUAGAAGAGGCAUGUGUUUGACGGUCCUAAUCUCUGCUUGGUUAAUCGCACUGAAUUCUCUCCCGGGGUAGCCAGUCUCUAAUAAUUAGCUCAGUUCGCCAAGUUACAUAUUAUAUAAGUUAGUCCCGAAAUAAUCUCAAAAGUACGAAAGAACCGUCAAUUUCAAUAUGUAUAUUUAUUCAGGGAUUCAUCAUUAGAAUUUCUGUUAGCUUCAGGUGCGAUAUCAUGUGAUAAUUAGAUAAUCAUAUAAAAGGUUAAUGUAUGUCAAUGGCGGAGAUAACCACGUUAUGUCCAGUUCUCUCCCUCUCUCCCUCUUUCAAGCCAAAACACUUUGGCUCUUGGAAGAGAAUAACUUUUGCGUACGUAUUAGGAUGUUUAAAUCCAUGUUGUCUUGUUAUAAGGUUA